AUGAUCAGACCAUUCAUCGCGGGACUGGUAGGCGUGGGCGCCGGCAUCGCAGUGGAGAAGUACCGCAACCUCGCGGGCAUAACCAGUGGCCGAUCGCCAGCACCUCCUACUAUGUCUACCACACCGUACGCCACGGUCUUCGCCGCCAAACCAAUUGAUCCCAAAUCGGGCGACAAUCCCAAGACUCCCGCCAUCAUCGACACCACCGACAACAAGUCGUCCAUCAGUGGCGCCACUGACUGGCCCUCGAAGAGCACCGGUACGUCCGGCGGGCGCCUGGAUAUCAUCGCCCGCCACGGCUUCCCCGCGUUGGACACCAUCCGAGUGUUCGACAACUUUAUACUCGCGUACGACAGGCGCCACCGGACGGCCCACUGGGUGUUGGAGCACAUGUCGCGCGAGCACCUGGACGCCGACCACCCGUACGACCGGUCGGGCAUCGAGUUCUUCGAGGACCACGUGGUGCACGACUACUGGCGCUCCACGAACCAGGACUACCACCGCAGCGGCUACGAUAGGGGCCACUUGGCGGCCGCCGGGAACCACCGGCGCGAUCGGGCACUGAUAGCCCAGACGUUCAUACUGUCCAACAUAGCGCCGCAAGUGGGCAAAGGGUUCAAUAGGGAUGUGUGGAACCGGUUGGAGAAGUACGUGCGCUGGAGGGCCAGGAGGUCGGACAACCUGUGGGUGUGCACCGGCCCGCUAUACCUGCCGGCCCGCGAGCCCCGGGAUGGCAAACUGUACGUGAAGUACGAGGUGAUCGGUAGGAAUCACGUGUCAGUGCCCACGCAUUUCUUUAAGGUAGUCGUGUGGGAAACUGCCGGCGCUUACGAUAUGGAGGCCUAUGUGUUGCCCAAUCAGGCGGUGGACGAUAGGACGGCCUUAGAGUCGUUUCGGGUGCCCAUCGAUACGGUGGAGCGCGCGGCGGGUCUACUGUUUUUUCAACGCAUACCGAGACAUGAGUUCCGGUCUAUUAAUGGCAAAAGUGUGUGA